AUGGCUCCUGGAAAUCAACGAGAACUUACCUGCCAGGAAAAAAAAAAAAAAAAACAGGAAAUUAGCAAGGGAAAAAGAAAAGAGGAUAGCUUGACUACCUCUCAGAGAAAGCAGAGGGACUCUGAGAUCAUGCAGCAAAAGCAGAAGGCAGCCAAUGAGAAGAAGUCUAUGCAGCUGAGAGAAAAAUAA